AUGUCAUUCAAACAAAAGAGCGGGAGCAAGCUUGGCCGUUUCGGCUUGCCUGGUGUUGGAAAGUCCAAAGAGAAGGACCUCUCCAAUCACAAGGACCACCACACAACUUCAUUCGAUGUGAUCAAAGUCAACAGUUAUGGAAAGAGACAACAGAGGACGAUUGCAGUCAGCUCACAGGGAGUGUCCAACCUUAAUGGUCAGACAUGCCAGUGGUUCGUAAAGAACACUGAUGUGUAUAGUGUGUGCCAGGAUAGCCAGGACUCACAGAAGUUCACAAUGACCUUCUUGCACAAGUAUCACUUUGAGGCAGAGAGCGUCGAGCAGGCAAAGAUGAUCGUGACUGAGUUCAAGAGACUGGGCGUGGGUGCCAAGAUCCCCGGCGGCGAGAGUUCAGCCGCCCACACUGCCGACGGUGUGACCAUUCACAGCCUCAGAACACAGCCCACUGAGCCAAUCAUUGGCGGCGGACACCACGGCAUCUCCAUUACAAACAAGGGCAUCAACAACAAUAAUGAGGGCCCUGUGGUGGCCAUGUCACCGCCAAAGCAUCACGUGCCAGUGAUGGCGUCGUCUGUGAUGACCACGCCCACCGCACUGAAACAGCCGACGACGAUGCCAAACAGCUGGCGUCCACCAUCGAUCAACCUGUCAAAGUCAUUGCUAAAGGAACAGGAGCAGCCGUCGACUGCUACUUCGUCGCCGGGUCUGGCGCCACUGACGCCGUCCAAAUACACGAACCAUAUCCCAGGCUCACCCCUGCCCAUGCACAUCCCCAACACGCCAAGUUUGUACAGUAUGGAGGGUGCGCGUGUGUGGAAGACCAGAGCCGAGGAGCUCAAAAGACAGCUGGUCCAAAAGAAGAACUAUACAUACGAUCCAUCGCCUAUCGUCGAGUUGUCAAAGAUGUCACCCUACAUCAGUUCGACGACCAGGCAACCUCUUGCACCACCCCCGAAUCUCCAGCUGAGUCCACCCACCUCUCCCCGCUUGCAACAGUCCGCCGUACAGCUCAAGACCAUCCAGCUUCAGUCACCCACAGGUACACCAAGUGUCAACCACAUUGCCAAUCGUGUUAAUAAUAGCAACGUCAACAGCAACAGCAGUGGCAGCAACAACAUCAACUCAAUCAACAGCAGCAGCAGCAACAACAGUACAGUCACAACAACAUCCACCAACAACGCAGGUGGACCCACGAGCUUUGGAAGCAGGAUAAUGAUCACGCCAACACAGCAGCCUAAGGCGACCGAUGUGCAGUUCGACUUUAGUGGCGAAGACAACGAUGCCAGCCGCAGCGGCAAUAAGAAGAAGCUAUGUAUCGAUGACUUUGAGGUGCUGCGACUUCUGGGCGUGGGCAGCUUUGGUCGCGUUUUCCUGGUGCGACGCAAGGAGACUGGCAAGCUGUACGCAAUGAAGGUGCUCAACAAGAAGGAGAUGCUAAAGAAGAAACAGAUCGCGCACACCAACACGGAGAAGAUGGUACUGAGCACCAUGAACCAUCCCUUCAUCGUGCGUCUCCACUUUGCGUUCCAAAACGACAACUUCCUCUUCAUGUGCAUGGACUACAUUCCAGGUGGCGAACUCUUCCAACACUUACAAAAAGCUGGAAGAUUCCCUGAAGAACUUGCCAAAUUCUAUAUUGCAGAGGUGAUCACUUCAUUGGACUAUCUGCAUUCGAACAACAUCAUUUAUAGGGACAUCAAGCCAGAGAAUAUAUUGCUGGACGAAGAUGGACAUAUCAAGUUGACAGACUUUGGCCUGUCAAAGAGUGGCAUCACCAGCGUCGUGGGAGAGAAGAACGGCGAGGGUCAGUUCGCCACGACGUUCUGCGGCACGCCCGAGUACCUGGCACCCGAGAUUAUCACUGGCGCGGGCCACGGCAAGGCGGCCGACUACUGGUCGGUGGGCAUCCUCUUGUUUGAGAUGCUGACGGGCAGAUCCCCGUUCUUGGCAUCCAACAGGAACGACAUGUACAAAGCGAUGAUUCAGGGCAACUUGCGCCUGCCCAUGUUCCUCUCGAUGGAUGCUCAGGACCUGCUGGAGAAACUGCUGGUGCCCGAUCCCAAGAACAGACUGGGCUCUGGUGGUGUACAGGACAUCCAGAAUCAUCCCUUCUUUGACCUUAUCCCUUGGCGUCUGCUCGAGUCCAAGCACAUUAUCCCGCCAUUUAAGCCCACCAUUGAAGAGGUGGGACCUUCUACUGGCAAGGAUCAGGCGUCGAUUGAGCCUGACCUCAAUCCCGAACUGAUAUUCAAUCAGAAGCGCAAGUCUUCUACGCCAGCCGCAUUGGAUUCACAUUUUAGGGACUUCUCAUUUGGCGAGAAAGACGACGACUGCAGUGUCUUGUCGCGAAGUGCCUCCUCCUCAUCGUCGUCCACUACCACCACGCCUCGUGCGCCCAUCGAGCAACGAAAGAGUACGCUCAAGGGUAUGAGGAAGAGCAGUGUGUGA